CAGCAGACGGACGGCGCAGAUGACGCAGGAGGAGGGAAAUCCAAAACAGGCGCUGUUUUGCAUGUUGGAUAUCCUUUGCAGUUGACGACAGUUGUUAAAAUUACGGAAAGUAAAAGAAUCUGAAUUAUUAUCGAGACCGGCUUCAGCCUCGUUCACGUCGGCGACUUGGCUUUAGUGGUUUAGCAGACAGGAUGCAGAGAGCCUCCCGUCUGAAGCGUGAGCUGCAGAUGCUGAGCACCGAGCCUCCUCCUGGGAUAACCUGCUGGCAGACCGAGGAGCAACUGGACGACCUCCGAGCACAGAUAGUUGGAGGAGCAGGUACUCCAUAUGAAGGAGGACUCUUCUCCUUGGAGAUCAAGGUCCCAGAGAGGUAUCCAUUUGAGCCCCCCAAAAUGAGAUUCUUAACACCAAUUUACCAUCCAAACAUUGACAAUUCAGGACGCAUCUGCCAUGACGCUCUCAAACUCCCACCUAAGGGUGCCUGGAAACCUUCCCUAAACAUCUCCACAGUCCUCACCUCCAUACAGCUGCUAAUGGCUGAACCCAACCCUGAUGACCCACUGAUGGCUGAUAUAUCAUCAGAGUUCAAAUACAACAAACAGCUGUUCAUGGAGAAGGCCAGGAAGUGGACAGAGAAACAUGCUAUUCAGAAGAUCAUGGAAGUGGCUGAGAAGGAUAAAGAAAAUACUCCAGACCAGAAAGAAUCCCGAAAAAGAGAUGCCCUCAGUGGACAGCAGGAGACAGAGGAUAUGUCACAGGAGGCAAAAAGAAGCUGUGUCUAGUUUACCAUCUUACCUGUCAUAGUCUUGAGGAGACAUGGAUUUCUUCCUCUAACACAGCGACCAUGCUUAAUACACUUGUUGGCUUACAGAGAUUACAUUUUUUGCUCUUAAUCAAUGCUAGUAUUUACUUGCAUUUUCUAUUUGUGCAUCCAUCUUUUUAAUACACAAAUGUACAUAUUUAUGCAUGUAUAAUGUUGCCUACUUUAAUGCUGAGUAAUAUU